ACGCACGGACGGCGUUUGGCCGCGAAAAAACGUCAAUGAAUCUGCGAACUUCAAAUUUAGGGCUUUUUUUCCGGGAAUAAAAUUUGUCAUAGAAAUUGAAAUUUAAUGAAUUUUUGAAUCGAUUGGAUUUGAUCGUCAAUGGAAGAGGAGGAGAGAAGGGGUCGGGGAACAAAGGUGAGGUCUUUGAUAGAGAAGGCCACAACCUCGACUUCGCCAGAGGUCGAUCCCCGUCUCCUUCGGGCCAUCAAGUCGGUGGUCCGAUUCUCGGAUUCGGAGCUCCGAAUUGCUGCCGAAACACUUACAGACCUCAUGAAGCGAGAUCACUCUCAGGUUAGGUACCUCACACUUCUAAUAAUUGAUGAACUGUUCAUGCGAUCAAAGCUUUUUAGAACCCUUCUUGUUGAGAAUUUGGACCACCUACUGAGUUUGAGCAUCGGAUUCAGAAGAAAUCUGCCACUACCUGCUCCCCCAGCUGUUGCAUCUGUUUUACGUUCAAAGGCCAUUGAAUUCUUAGAAAAAUGGAACCACUCUUUUGGGAUUCAUUACAGACAGCUCAGAUUAGGGCAUGAUUACCUAAAGAAUACCCUUAGGCUUCAAUUUCCUAACAUACAGGCCAAUGUGGAGCGGAUGCAACAAGAGAGGAGGGAAAGAGAGAGAAGGUCGAAAGAAAUUUUGUUGAACAAAUAUGAACAUUUGAGACAGAAUCUAUCAUCAAUAAAGGGAGAAAUACUAUCCACAGUGGAUGAGAUUGGAGAAUGUUUGGAAAUUUUGAACUCAACAGAGGAUUUUAUGCAAGAUGAUAUCUUAGAUGAUGAAGUGGAAGAGUUCUUCGGUUCUUCUGAGCUGCGGCAGAUGCGUCUUGAUGCCAUAAAAGAAGGAGAGAAAGUUCAUGAGAACAGUGAUAACAAGGUGAUUUUUGAUGCAUUGAGGGAAUUGUACAAGCUUUUAAUGACAAAGCAUUUGAUUUCUGUCCAAGAAUGGAUUUCUGUUCUAGUAAGAGUUGAAGUAGCUGACAAUAGAUUUAGAGAUUCCACUUUGAAGGAAUUCAUUGACAUUCGUAAUCAUCUGAAAUCAGUUCAAAAGAAAUGUGAAGAGGCUGGAUGUUCUCUUCAAAACUCAUCAAAACAUAGUGAGGAAGAAGAUUUUUGGGAGGAGGGUAAUGUUGUAGCUAAUGAAGUUGCAUCUAGGGCUCCCAAGAAUAAAGACAUACAUCUUGACAUGGCAUCAACUACCCAUAAAGUGAAUGGCAGUGCUCUCAGUUCAAGAGAUAAAGAGUCUAACAGCUCUAACGCCAAGCGCCUAGCUCAUGGAAGGAAUGAAGUAGACUCAAACUCUCCAAGGAGCGAACUUCUGGCUGAAGCUCCUGUGGUAAGGUGGAGUUCUCACUUGGAUGAUUGGGGUUCAAGCAGGGUUUUUAUGGCUAACCAGCGUGGAUUGGAACUUGAAAAUCAUUGGGGGAGGGUGGACUCUGAUGCUGUUAUCCCAGCUGAUAAAAUUGCUGAAUUGAAUGUUCAUGCUGCACUUUAUGAAGAGAAGCAAGAGGAGAUCCAACCAUGUCGUGCUCCUUUGAGGAAAGGAGGGCUAUGUCAGAGAAGAGACUUGAGAGUUUGUCCAUUUCAUGGACCUAUCCUUCCUCGGGAUGAUGAAGGGAAGCCGCUCAAUCAGAGCACAUCCGAACACAAGAUAGAUGAUAAAGGAAAACCACUCAAUCAGAGCACAUCUGAACACAAGAUGGAUGAUGGAGGAAAGCCACUCAAUCAGAGCACAUCCGAACACAAGGUAAAUGUUGAUUUGGGGAUUGAUCUAGCGGAGCACUUGGCUAAACAAGCAGUGAAGAAUGUUCGUGAAAUAGAUGAAGAGGUGGCAAAGAAGCGAAAAAUUGAUAAACAGACGAUGAAGCGUGCAAAACUUGCCAAAAUUCGGGAACACAACAAAUCAGUUUUACGCAAUGCCGCUUUGGCUUCUACUUCCAGAUCUGCAUCGCUUGGACAAGAUGGGGAUGUGACUAAUGAAGGGAAUUUAUCUUCCAGAGACAACAAGAGAAUUCUUGCAUCCAUGCUUCGAAAGAAAGUAACAUCAAAAGACAGAAUAGCCGGGAAGCUUCUGAGUUCGCGGGCUAGGGAUGCUACCACUAGGCAGCACGAUGCUAGUGAGGAUGCAAAAUACAGAGAGGCCUUCCCGAACCAAUGGUAGAUUGGGUUCAAUUUGAGCAUGUAGGAUUACUUGUAGUCAAAAGUCAGGGUCGGAUACGUCAAGUAAAACCUUGCCUUGUUGGAUUAAGGAAAUUUACUCAUUUAUGCAACUACUUAUCUGUACAUUCAUUCCACUUUAGAGAUUGGUUUUGGCUCACCAAGGAAUAAGAUAAGCCAUUCUGGGGCUAGUUGGUGUGAUAUUUUCUCAGCAUAUUUCCACAAUUUUUGUAAGAACCUUUUGUACAUAAUAGGUGCCAGUGCUAGAUGACUACGAUUUGGACUAAUUGUAUCGAGUUACAAAAUUAUACUUUGAUAUCAUAUUGUGCCUUUAGGGAAA